AUGGAUAAGAAAAAGAUGAAAAAUAAUAUUCCUUUGAAAAAAAGGAAUAAAAUUUCAAAUAAAAAAGUUGAAGUUGAACAAGUUGAAGUUGCUAUUCUUUUGGAUCAUGCCGACAAAGGAAAAAAAGUUUUUGAAGAGAACAUAAAUGAGGAGCGAGUGAGAAAAGAUGUUCCUAUUUUUCUGGAGAAUGUUGAUAAAGGAAAGAAAUUUAUUCAAGAUAACAUGAAUGAUAACGAAAUGAGAGAUGAUGAUUGGAUUGAUAGCGGUCAUUCUAUUCCUCGAUUUGAUAUUAUUCUUGAUGGUUCAAAGUCUUUAGAGGAGAAGAUAGAUUUGAUGCUUAAAAGUUAUAGUUGUUUGAAGCCUACUAUUGAUGAUUGGAUCAACCGUGCUUAG